AUGGCUUCGACAGCAGUUUAUUUAUGGUUUUCAUUCAUGAUUAUUACACAAACAUUCGGACAAGAUAUACGAUCAGAGGAAAUGUCUGUAAUACCUGAUUCUAGAUUUCAAUGUACCAAUACAACCUGUUUACCAUUCAUUAGCGUUAUUACAACAGACAUUAGGAAUUGUCAAUUUGCCUGUUUAAGUCAAAGUCAAUGCACAGGAGCAACUUUUCAUCAACCAACUUCUAAUUGUGAAUUAUUUGAUAAUAUGUUAAACCAAAAUGGAAAUAUAUUGGCUGAUGUGGAUGCUACUAGUAUGAAUGUUAUUAGUGGAACACGGUUUCCACCAGAAUCGACUACGACAUCAACAACAACAAUAAUAACAAUAACAUCAACAUCAACAUCAACAUCAAUAUUAACAACAAUAACAGUAACAACAACAUCAACAUCAGCAACAACGACAUCAUCAACAACAGCAAUAACAACAACGUCAACAUCAACAUCAACAUCAACAUCAACAACAUCAACGUCAACAUCAACAACAAUAAUAACAACAACAUCAUCAACAGCAAUACAGCGUCAGUACUAUAUUAAAUAA